UUCUCCAUGGCAUCUCCUCUUCCCCUCCCCCUCCCCACCCACGCCCAGGUCGCAGGCACCUAGCUCCUCGCCGACCUGAGCCUCCCCCGCCGCCGGAGACCAUCCCCUUCCGCUCUUCCGCCGGCCGACUCGGUUCCGUUCCCCCUCCUCCCCUCUCGCCGACCAGGCCACUAGGAGGAACACAAGAGUAAGCCACUUGCAUGAUGGAGACUGCAGAGUCUCGACCUUGGUCAGAUCUUCAGCCAGAACUCCUGGGCCUUGUUCUCAGACGUCUGCCUUCCAUAGCUGACCGUGUUCGUCUGAGAGCAGUGUGUCACCCGUGGCGUUCUAAUAGUCUGCUGCAGUCCAUUCCCCUCCCAUUCCCAUGGAUUACCCUACCCGACGGCACCUUCCUCAGCAUUCCAGGUGGUGAAAUUCACCACAUGCCUGUACCAGUCGGUGCUUGUUGCUGCGGCUCAAUUGAUGACUGGCUAUUCCUCAUGACCAGUGAUGGUGGGUGUUCAUUGGUCAACCCUUUCUCUAAGACCACUUUAAAGCUUCCUGAGCUAGCCAAAGUAUGGAAGCGUAAGAUAUCUAAUCCCAACUCUUGCAUCAGUCCAGUUUCCUAUAAGUUGGUGGUGCCCUCACCCCUGGACUCAGCACCGGAUUCCCUUGUUGCUGCACUGAUUAUGGAUGAUGACAACUGUGCUACACUUUGUAUUAGUCAGCCACCGAUUGCCACUGACUUGUUCAGAGAUGAUAAGGUUCCAGCACUUCAGAUUGAGGAUGUUGCAUUCUUUGAUGGAAAGUUGUACGCAUUGUGCGGGUUUGGCAAACUCUGCAUCGUUGAGUUGGGCAAUGACCUUUGUAUUGCAUCCACUGAAUGCAUAAUUCACUCUUUGCAUGAGUUAGAUGGAAUUCCUAAAUCCUUGCCCAAGGUGGACAAUAGGGGCUAUACAGUAUCGGUGUAUCUAGUUGAAUGUGGUGGUAGACUGUUGAUUGUGAAACGUUGGUUCGAGUCCAUACAUGGUCCCGUAAGUGACUAUGUAUUUGGAUAUGACAAUACUGUUGCAUUUGAUGUCUUUGAGGCAGACUUGAGCACCAACCCUGGCCGAUGGAGAAGGAUCAGUAAGUUGGGUGGCCAUGCCCUCUUUCUUGGCCAACAUGCUUCCAAGUCCCUACCUGCUACAGAAUGCAGUGGAUACCGAGAGGAUUGCAUCUACUUCAUGGCUGACUAUUUGGGUCUGCCAUGUUCUGUGAAUCCUCUUCUUGACUCCGGUGUGUACAACAUGAGGAAUGGGAAGAUCACGCCAUUGAUGGUGCAGACUGCAGCAGCUCCACCAGAACGUGCUGGGCAGUGGCGUCCAGCAUGGUUUUUCCCUCCUGAAGCUGUAUGAUCAACCCAGCAGGGUUUUUUCUGCUGUUUUGGAGGCUCUUUGCUUGCCUAACUCGAUUUGCUUCAGCAGUGUGAUCAAUCCAACCUGGGAACUGGUCAUCUUUAUAUUUAUGGUGGGACUUAGGUUAUUAAUUAGUAUCCUGAUCAACCCAGCCUAGGUGCUGCUUAUCUUUGUGCUUGUGCUAUGUUACCGUAUGAUUGUGAACUCUCAGUUGGUAAUUGGUAUGAUGGUGUAUUCUCUUGUGGAUGAUCUUAACGGGAUGUCGGGAUGUAUUUAAAUGUGCAAGCCUUCCAUUGUAGCAACUUGAUCUUUUUUGUUAGUGAUAUGCCACGUAACUGAAUUAACUUGGCAUCGUGUAUGAGCCGA